AUGCAUCCCCGCAAAAGGCUUUGUGCGCCUAUCUACUUUGAACCUGAAAUAAUAAAGGAUUCUGCUAUAACGAAGCUUGAUGCACUAGAGAAUCUCAAGCUAAGUCAAGAAUGGGUUAAUAGUUCUAUAUUUUUAAACGAGGAUGGCUCUUUCUCACAUCAGGUUCUUAACAAAAGAUCCAUUCAAGUUUAUACACAGAAAGCUUCUCUACUUAUAACUACACUCUUUUACUCACUAGGAUCAAAAGACUCAGAAGAAGCACCGAGACUACAAGAACAAUGGCUACGCAGUGCUCGACGUCAACUGCUAGUCUCGCUCCUAGCGCACGCGUGGCUAUGGGGAAGGCCCAAAGUGUUAGAUAACAAAGGUAAUCUGGUCCCUUAUGAAAAAAGGAGAGUACUUGCCCCCCAGGAUAUUCUGAAUUUCUUUAUGAAGGUUCGGGCUCGUGAGGCAAGUUAUACCUAUAAAGAAGUACGGGAAUUUCUAGAUAAAGGCAUACAAAAGGUUUUUUUAUAUGAAGAUAUAUCUAAGUGGAACGCAACAGGGGUUAUUGCAUGUCUGAGGUGGGAUCAAUCCCAUAACCUACAUAAUGGGGGCCCAUGGUGCUCUUGUCGGCUCGAGAGGAAACUCCCACCACCUUACCAAGAAGUACCCCUGGUCAAUGGCUCGGUUUGGGACGUCAAUUUAGACCCUGACGACUUGAAGAAAAUGGAGUAA